UUGCUUAACAAUUUUCCCUUUCAGUUUCGUUGCCGAAGUUCCUUUCGCUCUAUUCUUUUGUUGUAUUGUCUCCAUAAUUAAUCACCAAAAAUUCAAAUCUUAUUUCAUAAUCUUCACUUUGUCUCCUCGUGGAUUCUUCUAUCUAUUCAUUAAAUUUCAUUCUGAAUUCUGAAGAUGGAUUUUUAAUUUUACCCCUUAGGGUUCUGAGGAUUGGUGUUUUUGGUAAAGGAAGAUGAAGGAUUUCUCUGGGAUACCUGGCACUUUUCUUGGCUUGAUUCUUAGGAUUACACAGUUCGGUUUUGCGGUUGCUUCAAUUGCUUCCAUGGCUAGCGCUAAAACACCGCGUUUCUUCAAUUUCACUACAUUUUGUUCCUUGAUGUCUUCAAUGGCUUUACAAAGCAUUUGGAGUUUUGCACUUGCUUUGUUGGAUACGCAUGCUUUGGUGAGAAAGAAGAUCGUGCUUAACCCUGUAAUAAUUGGCUUCUAUGCUGUUGGAGAUGGGGUAAUAUCAACACUAUCUCUAGCUGCAGCUUCUGCCUCAGCUGGCGUUACAAUUUAUUACUUCAAUGAUAUGGGAAACUGCCAUUUUGUAGAGUGCCAAAAGUAUCAGAUUUCUGUUGUUUUUGCAAUCUUGAGCUGGAUAUCAGCUUCAAUGUCAUCUCUAAUUAUGCUCUGGCUAUUAGGUGCAGCAUAGCUUGGCCGUUGGAUUAACCUAACAACUGGGCAUAUUAGGUCUCGACCAUUUAGAUUAAUCUAAUGUCAAGAGAUGUAAUAGAUGAUAAAGUUAGUUAGUAAUCAGUUAGUUAGUUAGAGUUGUUAGUGUAGUUAGUUACAUUAGCUAGCUUGCAUGCUAAGCUAUCUCCUCUUGUAUAUAAACAUUCAUGAGCAACAUUAAUGAGAUAAGAGAGAGUUUAUCUUCUAGCU